CGGGUCUUCCUGGCUCAUUGCGCUAUGCAAGCUGCCUAUCCCUUUAUUCGAGGUCUGAGUCAGCUGAAAGCAUCACCAACAGCUAGAGUUACCAAAGCGUUUUAUCUUUGCGUGACCUCACAAAUUUCCAAUCAAUCAAACAGUAGUCAAAGCUUGGAUACAGUGACGUACCACACUGUCGCAGAUCAGACUCUAGAUGAACUAUCAGACUACUUAGAGGCAAUUCAAGAUAAGGGAAUAUGUCAUCCAGAUUAUGAUGUCAACGUGUCUGAUGGGGUGCUGACAUUGCAACUUGGAGGAGACAUGGGGACAUAUGUCAUCAAUAAGCAGACGCCAAACAAGCAGCUGUGGCUGUCAUCUCCCAUAAGUGGACCAAAGAGAUAUGACUUUCUCGAUGGCGAAUGGGUUUACAGACACGAUUCUAUUUCACUACACACACGUUUGUCUCAGGAACUGGCCAAUCUGCUCAAGACCGAUGCUAUAUUUAAUUAAAUUAUCUUCGCAAAAAU